AUGACAUACCCAGGAACAAUCUGGCGUGAACAGGAUAAGAGAAUGGACUAUGAGGAGGGAAGCUAUGCAUCCUCAGCAGUAUGUGAUGUGUUGAACUUCACCUGUUAUGAGGACUUAAUGGGUAAAACCUCACCCAUGGAGAUGUCAGUGAUACCUAAUGCUGAUGAACAGCAGCAGGAGGACUGUGUAAUUAUUGAAAAUCCAGAAACAGUAACUCUACAGGCACCCAAAGAAUCCUUUACAAUGAAAAACAGUGAAAAGGGGAUUGGACAGUCUGUACACCAGUUCACCUUCACUAAGGUCUUUGGUCCAGAAACUACUCAAAGUGACUUUUUUGAAGGCACAAUGAAAGAGAUAGUAAAAGCUUACAUUGAUGGAGCAAAUGGACUGGUGUUUACCUAUGGGGUUACUAAUGCAGGCAAAACAUUCACUAUUCAAGGUUCUCCAAAAGAUGGUGGUAUUUUGCCUCGUUCUCUUGAUAUGAUCUUUCACCACAUAAGAGGAAGACAAUAUCUGAAGAUGAACUUGAAACCAUACUUAAGCAAUGAUGUAAAGAAGCUAGAUGUGACACAGGUUAAACAAGAGGAAAUUAUAAAAGCUGCUGUUCUUGCUUCUCUGAAAGAGGACACAGAAGAUACUUUGAAAUCUAUAAUUCAGAGUGAGUCAUUAUGUAUCUUGGAAUCUGUGUCUUCUAGCAGCUGUACUUCAACAAGUCUGCCUUCUGACCCGCUAGCGGAGGAUUCUGUUUUUCUUGACGCCGAUGGGACUAAGCAUCAGAGAACACAAUCUUCAGUGUGGGUUUCCUUCUGUGAAAUUUAUAAUGAGUAUGUAUAUGACCUUAUGGAUGUACUGGCUAUUUCAAAAAAUCAAAAACGCAAAGUUCUAAAAAUCUGUGAGGAUCAAGGGGGAAACUCUUAUAUAAAAGACUUAAAGUGGAUCAACGUUCAGAGCACUGAAGAGGCUUGCAAACUACUAAAAAUAGGAAACAAGAACCGAAGCUUGGCUUGCACUAGAAUGAACCAGCACUCAAGUAGAAGUCACAGCAUAUUUUCUAUCAGACUACUAAGACUAAGUGAUGAGGCUGAGCCUCGUAUUCUUGGAGUUUCAGAAAUGUCUCUCUGUGACUUGGCUGGGUCUGAACGGUGCAAUAAGACACAAACUUUUGGAGACAGACUGAAAGAAGCUGGGAAUAUUAAUAAUUCUCUUUUUAUUCUUGGGAAAUGCAUUGCUGCACUGAAGCAGAAGCAGAAUCCUAAUGUGAAACACAGCUAUAUUCCAUUCAGAGAGAGUAAACUCACCCGCCUGUUUCAACCAUUCUUCUGUGGUAAAGGCAAAGCUUGUAUGAUUGUCAACGUUAAUCAGUGUGCCUCCACUCACAGUGAGACAUUACACGUAAUGAAAUUUUCUGCUACAGCCAAACAGGUUAUUCAGACAAUCCACCCCCAAACUUUUGGAUAUUUUGCUCCAAAACUGGUUGGGAAGGAUGGCAAGCCUAUAGUACAUUUUGAUGCCAACAUAUCUGCUGAAGAGGUUCCUGAUGAAGAUAUCGAUACCUCCUCUGAAGAGGAAGUGGACAUCACCAUCAUGACCCAUGAGGAGCUCUUGAAAACUACUGAGAACCUGAAGAAGAUGCUAGUUGCAGAAAGGCAGAGUAAACUUCUUCUUGAGGUGCAGAUACGUAAAGAGAUGGCAGAAGCCAUGUUUCAACAACUGUUGGAAACCGAGGAAACCUGGAGUAAACGCUUGGAAGAUAUGAGAGAAAGUUAUGAGGAAAAAUUGGAGAAUAAAUUUGAAAUGUAUAAGGAAGCUAUAAAGAAACAUGCAUAUAUGUGUGCAGUGGAACAAAUUGAAGACCACUAUGUUCCAAGAGAAGAGUUCGUAGUUGAACAAGAGAAAGUUGAGGACAGAGAUAGGAAAAUAUUAGAGUUGCAACAAAAAUUUGGAGAGCGGUCAGAUGGAUUGUUGGCUUCGGAAAUCCCAAAUUCAGAUGUGUUGACUGCAGAAGACAAAAUGAAAUCAGAUCUUAAAUAUAAGGAGAUGCAGAGAACUUCAGAAGUAUUGCAGAGACAGUGCGAUGAGAAAGAUGAGCUUAUAAAAUCUCUGAAGCUUAAAAUGCACAAAUUAAAUGAAACCUUACAAGAAGUGAAUGAAGUCUGCAGAAAAACAACUGAGGAAAACAACAGACUGACACACAUGGUAAUGCUCAAGGAACAAGAAAUGAGAAGUCUUCAGAACUGGGCUAAACGUGUCCUUGAGCUUGAAGCAACAGUGUCUCUUCUGCAAGAAGAACUAGAUGAGAGAAAAAAGCACUUGUAUUCAGAAGACCUUAAGGAGCAAAAACCCAAGAGAGGCUUGUUUGCUAAUCUAAAAUCUACAGUAGCAGGCACUUCUAAAACACCUGUUGGCAAAACCUUGGGGAAAUUUGAAGACUCUCCAACCAUGUCAAGAAAACAAGCUACUUUUGCACGUAAAGUAAAAGAGUAACUCUAAUCCGUGAUGCAUUAAUAUGUCUGUAUUGACAAGGCCCUUCAGCUGUAAUUUAAACUGAUGUUAGCAACAGUUGAAAUUUGGGUGAAGAAAAAAGGGUAGUAUAGACACAGCCUUACCAUCAAUGUAACUGGGAAGAUAAGCUAUUAAUAGGAAUGACGACAACUUUCCUUCUGUCAAAUGUCUUUUUUAGUAACUAAAGAAGACAUGUAAAUGUAAACAUAAAUUGGAAUUCUUGUGUAUCUGUUGGUGUGAGAUGUGAUCAUCUGCUGUGGAAACACAGCAGGUAUAGAUUUCCACAUUGCAGGAGAAUAGGUGCCUUGUGUCAAGGUUAGUGUAGUACAUUCCUGCCUUUUUACUUCCCUUGUUUCUUUUUACACUUGCUUCCAACACUCAAAAUGGCAUUUGCGCUAGACCAAACAGUUUGUUCACUUUCACUGUUUCAUUAGCUAGUAGAUAUUGUUUGUAGAGGAGCUGGCUUCCUCACAGUUAAUCUUCUGCUUAAUUUGAAUUGAACUAGUAAUCUUAUACUUGAUGUCAGUUUACUGUGGAAUUAAAAUGAGAGAUUUAGUACUAAAAUCUAAUAUAAUCUAGUCAGAUGAUGGAGUGGCAAGGAGCCACUGUUCAUUUUAAAUGCUUCUGUAAAUCCACAAUUGUCUUGGUUUGGAAAGGAAUGUGCAUCUGAAAAUCCCUCACUGAAUUGUGUAUGCAGUAGACUUCUUAAAAUUUAUUUAUAAUAAAGCUUGGGUUUUUUCAAGACAAUUAAAUAUUAGAUAAUUUGAGAUUUGUUGUUAAACAGUUAAGUCAUGUGAUACAACUUGAUAAUUUGA